AUGCACCCCGACCUUAAUGAUAGAGACAGAACCCUUCGCGUCAGUCUCAAUAACAAGACUCACAAUUUAGUUAUCAAAGUUACCUCACCAGCAUUCGCGCAUUGUUCGGAUACAACUCAAGGCUCCAAUCAAGCUCUUAACUUCUUCGCCCAUCACAAUAACUUCACCAAAGUUCCCAAAGGAAUCAAUCGUAUCGCAAACAAACCGAUGGAGAUGACAAACGACCUAUAUACUGCUGGUGCAUGGGCAAUGAUGUCUGUUCUCCUCCUUAUAUUCGUAUCGAUUCUUCUCAGUCGUGAUUCCGUACAUAUGUCCUGGUCAAAUUCCCAGCCCGACUUGAAAAUGGAAGAGGAAGAAAGAAUUCCACUUCUUGCGCAGGAGGAGAAAAGUGUUUAG